AGAGAGAGACUACACGAGUGGACUAAUCAUGGCCACACAAAGAAGUGACGUCACUCAAAUCUUAAACCCACCCUGACCGUCAAUAAUGCUAUUCAGACGAAGCAGCCACCACUUUUCUUCGAGCCGCCGCCGAUCCCGAUCCAGGCUAGAAUCCAAAUCCUCAUCUAAUCGGAGAUGUCUCCGUUCGUCAAGUGUUAUCUCUUUGCUUACAAUUUUCUCCAAGCUUCUGCAUGGACGAUUUCGCUCCUGAGUAUCUUAAGCAGCUUCUUAUCAAACAAGACAAUCGAUGGCGCUUACGCUUCUGCUGGAUACUUGAUUAGUGUGAUGCAAACUGCUGCUCUUCUUGAAGUCCUUCAUGGAGCUAUUGGGAUUGUACCUAGUGGAUUCUUGUCUCCUUUGAUGCAAUGGAGUGGAAGAACUCACUUCAUUUUGGCAAUUGUUGGACAGAUCAGAGAGGUCCAGGAUUCGCCAUGGCUGUCAAUAACACUUGCUGCUUGGUCUUUCGGUGAGAUGAUCAGAUAUCCCCACUAUGCUUUUACUUGCCUCGGUAGAUGUCCCUAUUGGCUAACCUAUCUCAGGUACACAGGAUUCAUUAUGAUCUAUCCAACAGGGCUAGUGGGCGAAUUGUUGAUCAUGUACAAAGCGCUUCCGUAUGUUAAAGAAAGGAAUCUUUAUGCAAAUUUCUUCUCUGUUUUCCCCUUCAGUUACUACAGUUUCCUUUGGGCCGUCCUCUUGGUGUACCCGUUCCUUUGGUUGAAGCUUUAUCUCCAGCUGUUCAAACAAAGAAAGUCUAAGCUUGGAAAACCGCAGAAGCAUCAGAGCAAGAGAAUGUGAAGUCCAUUUAAUCGUCUCAGACAUAUAUGUAUCUCACCAUUGAUUAUAUAUGUGCACCAAACUGUUCCUAAAAAUACCUUAGUAGAUUCAUCGGAGACUUUAUCAAGGUCGAUCAAGAGAAGAAGAACCAAGUGAACAACCAACAGAAAUCCAGAUACAAAACCAAGUUUCACAUGGUUGAUUCACAAUAUUAUGUGUUCUACAAACACUAUUCUUCAUAUGCGAAGAAGUUAAAGAGGUCUCUAUACAUCUUCUUUGAAACGAAUUCAGGAUAAAAACACAAUGUCGUUCAUUUACAUAAGCAAUUCAUAUCUUGACAUGAUUAUUGACAUGCUUAUGGUUAA